AUGGGAGGAGAACCAACCAGCUUUUUAUUUGGUUACGUAGUGGUCCGUGGCGAGUUAGUGGUCGGUGGUGGUGUAGUGGUUGGUGGCCGCGUAGUGGUCGGUAGCGGCGUAGUGGUCGGUGGCGGUGUAGUGGUCGGUGAUGACGUAGUGGUUGGUCGUGACGUAGUUGUCGGUGGCGACGUAGUGGUCGGUGGCGGCGUAGUGCUCGGUGGUGACGUAGUGGUCGGUGGCGACGUAGUGGUUGGUGGCAGCGUCGUGGUCGGUGGUGACGUAGUGGUUGGUGAUGACGUAGUGGUCAGUGGCGGCGUAGUGGUUGGUGGUGACGUAGUGGUCGGUGGCGGCGUAGUGUUCGGUGGCGGCGUAGUGGUCGGUGGUGACAUAGUGGUCGGUGGUGACGUAGUGGUCGGUGGCGACGUCGUGGUUGAUGGCAGCGUCGUGGUCGUUGGUGACGUAGUGGUUGGUGGCAGCGUCGUGGUCGGUGGUGACGUAGUGGUUGGUGGCGACGUAGUGGUCGGUGGCGGCGUAGUGGUCGGUGGCGACGUAGUGGUUGGUGGUGACGUAGUGAUUGGUGGUGGCGUAGUGAAUAAAAGCGGGACGUGUCAGUUAAGGAAGGGCACUUGUGGGUAA